AUGGCCCGGGGGCCCAACCUGGGCCGGAUCCCGAAGCUGCUGCUGUCAGGCCCGGUACUCAGGCGGGAGUCCGAGACAGAGGACGAAGCUUUCCUGCCGGAGUCAUCCCCGGGCGGGCCCCCGCGCCUUCGGCCCACGCCGCCCCACUCGCCUGUCUUUUUCUUCACUAAUUCCCCGACCUUCCGAAAGCGGCUGCUGCCCAGUCGCAGGCUCCGGGACUCUCACCGCCAGGCCCGGGUGCGCUUUGAGGUGGAGAAUGGGCCUUCCCCAUCCCCAGGACGCAGCCCCUCGGACUCGCAGGCGAGCCCGGGGCUGGUGCUGCCCCCCAGCGCCCCCCAGAGCCAGCGCCGUGAGUCUUUCCUGUACCGCUCAGACAGCGACUAUGACAUGUCACCCAAGGCCAUGUCCCGAAACUCUUCCAUUGCCAGUGAAGUACAUGAAGACUUGAUUGUGACACCCUUCGCCCAGGUGCUGGCAAGUCUAAGAAGUGUCCGAAGCAAUUUUUCCCUUCUGGCCAAUGUACCAGCCGCUGUUGGCAACAAGAAGUCCCCAAUGGGCAAUCAGCCAGCAGUAUGCAAGGCCACACUCUCAGAGGAGACAUAUCAACAGCUGGCCCGGGAGACCCUGGAGGAGUUGGACUGGUGCCUGGAACAGUUAGAGACAAUGCAGACAUACCGGUCAGUGAGCGAGAUGGCCUCCCACAAG